AUGUCCUACUACGAACCGCAGGCGUGGCAGGCGCCUGUGCGCCAGGCGUCCUGGGAGCAACCACCGCCACCGUCGAGAUCAGGCGCCAGCUCCACCUCCCAGAGAGAAGAUACUACUGCCUUUUCCAUUCAAUACGAAGAGGUGGACCGGGCAAUUGAUAAUCUCUUGAAGAGUGGGAAAUUUUAUUCACCAGCGCCACGACAGGGCCCAAACUCAGCUUACCGGCCUGGUAAUGACUAUGCACACCGGGCGCAUCACGGCCGACAGUCCGUCGGCGAUUUCGACCCCAGCCGUCCUCAUUCCGGCUCUAAUCUACAGAACUUUUACGCUUCUCAGCGCCAUCAAGGAAGACACAAUGAUGCCGAUCAUAUGCUACAAGCAAAGCGGAGGAUGGCAGCUCAACGGGAGCGAGAGCUGCGGAACUAUCACCAAGAACAACAAUACAAUCGAAGUGUUUUAGCUGAAAUGUCAUCCAAUAAGUCGGAUCGAUCGAUGAGCCCUAGCACUCUGAGUGAGGAAGGCCGCCGCGACUUGAUUGCACGCCAGCAUCGUGCACUUUACGGAGGCGAAGGCGCCGCGUUUGUGGGGCAGACUCCUUAUGGUAUUGAGGACGUGGGCACUCGGGACCAGCCUGGCACGGUUCCGAAUAAUGCGCCAUCGACUGCUCACGGAGCCUCUCCAAGAUCAGCCGACCCUUUCAAUGUUCCUGGCCAGACUUCGCAGAAUGAGCAAAACACUGUUUCCGGUCAAGACACUUCCAGGACUGAAAAAGCUAACUCUCCGUCAGGCCCAGCUGCUCCAGGGUUUGGGUCUUUUGAUGCCCCAAUUCAGUCCUCGAGUGGUAAAUCGGCUAGUCCAACCUCCGGGGAAGAAAUCUCCCAUUCUAGACAGAUCUCUAAAUCAACGACUGCUCCUAUAUCUGGGGGCAUGGGACCAAUUGGGUCCCGCCCAAACGCGCAGGGAGCACCUAAUCAGUCCCUCAACAAGCGUACGACUUCCCCCCUUCCGUCUUCGCUGAGCUACAAUUUCGCAAACAACGAGCAGAUCAGCGAUCGAGCCCCGUCGUCAAACUCGAAUUCGAAUGCUCCAAAAGAGUCUUCCUCGGGUUCAGGAAUGGGCGCAUGGGGCACCGGAAGCGGAGUCUGGGGCAACAACAAGAUUGGCACGACCUCGGUAUGGGGUUGA